ACAGCCUGGUCCUGACAAACUGCUGCUUCAGCACUGACAGCCAGCUCUUUCACAGGCCGCCACUGAAGCAGAAACCCUAAACACAAGGCCAAGGUGGAAAGUACGUUUACUCCAGUACUGUACAAUUUAGUACAAUUUUGAGCAGUCAAGAUGUUCCCGUGCUGUUGGCUUGCUCUGGUGGCUUUAAUCCCCAUGACCUUAAGCACUAAUCCUGGGGUAAAGGUCAAACUAACAGAAAAAGGCCUUGAAUAUGGCAGACAACUGGGGAUGGCUUCAAUCCAGCAGAAACUCAAAUCCAUCAAAGUCCCAGAUAUUUCAGGGACAGAGUCAGUGUCUCCCAUUGGCAAUGUCCAGUACAGCCUGUCGGAUAUGCAAAUCGUGGAUGUGGGAUUGACAAAAUCUGCGGUGGACCUGGUGCCAGGGACCGGUUUGAGACUGUCCAUUGACAACGCCUUCAUCAGUCUGCAUGGAAACUGGAGGGUCAAAUACUUCCGAAUAAUAAAGGAUAGCGGUUCUUUCGAUUUGAAUGUGAAUGGACUCACUAUCACUAUCGGCAUUGCCAUCCAGAGUGAUGAGACAGGCCGACCUGUGGUCAGUACUGUCGACUGUGCGGCCACUGUCGGCAGUGCGAGCAUAGUGUUCCAUGGUGGAGCCAGCUGGCUGUACAAUCUCUUUGAAAGCUUCAUUGACAGGGCUUUGCAAAAUGCACUGCAGAAACAGAUCUGCCCUCUGGUGGCUGAUGCAGUAUCUGAUUUGAACCCUCACUUGAAAACUCUCAAUGUUGUAGCCCAAGUGGACCAGUAUGCAGAGAUUGAAUAUUCCAUGGUGUCAUCACCCACAGUUUCAAAUUCUUCCAUAGACCUGAGCUUGAAGGGUGAAUUUUACAACAUUGGGGAGCAUCAGGAGCCUCCAUUCUGCCCCACAGCCUUUUACCUGCCACCUCAGAUCAACAACAUGUUGUACAUCGGCAUGUCUGCAUUCACCUCCAACUCUGCAGCCUUCGUCUACAACAAAGCGGGAGCCCUCAGCCUGUACAUUACCGAUGACAUGAUCCCACAAGCCUCUCCCAUCCGACUCAACACCAGAACGUUUGGAGCCUUCGUCCCGCAGAUUGCCCAACGCUUUCCAGGGCUGAUGAUGAAACUGCUGGUGAAGACGGUGAACAAUCCCACCAUCACUUUUGAACCCAACAAUGUGACAGUUCAGGCCAAUGGUACAGUGACGGCCUACGCAAUCCAGCCAAACGCCACUCUUACCCCUCUCUUUGUCCUAAACUUGGAGACCAGUGUCAGCGCCAAAGUGUUUGUCAGCACGAUGAGGCUGGCUGGAGCUGUCACCCUAAACAAAAUGGGUCUGACCCUGGGGACCAGUUACGUGGGAGAGUUUCAGGUCAAAUCCCUCGACAACAUCUUCCAAAUGGUCCUCAAAGUGGUAGUGAUACCUAAAGUGAAUGUUCAACUUGCAAAGGGAUACCCACUUCCUACACUUGGAAAGAUGAACCUAGUGAACACUCAGCUUCAGGUCCUGAAGGACUAUAUGCUGAUUGGGACAGACGUUCAGUUCACGGAUUGAAUGGCAUUUCUGGAAACUUCCAGGAUUCACUUCUACACUGGGACAUGCCACCAUAAAGACACAAACAGCCAGUACUUCUAUGUGACAGAGAAAUUUCAAAGAAACAAUCAAUGAUACCAGUAUUACUCCUAUAAGCCUGAGAAAUACACAUCUCCAGUUUGUGUUUGAUAUCACCUCAGAUUUUCAGACCAAGGUAUUUCUACAUAUAAAAUGUAGAUGAGGACAGUGAAUUUACCACAACAGUGUAAAUGCAGUCUUGUCAUAACAGGACACAGUCUGCAGUACAGGGUUUACUUUUCAUUCCCACAAACAUCUUUUUGAAAUAACAUGCUCCUUCCAAAGCAGAUCACAGAUCAGUGUCUGCUGCUGACUUUAGGCAAAUUCUUUCUCAGUUUUUGACUUUGUAACUGAUUCUGGAAAUGUAAUGAUGUAUGACAAGUUUGAGUCCCAUAAAAGAUGCCAUAACAUUAAUCACGCGCCACUGCUUCAGACAAAACAAAUCAGUCACAGUUUAUUACAAACGGAAUAAUUCACAUCAUCUGAACAGGUUUCAGUGUAUUCAGCAGUUCAAUAUGUACACACACAUGCUUGCUGUAUAAAUAACACAUUGCAGUUCUCAUAGUUCAUCUCAGCAGUCCAACGUGACUGUAGUAUGAUCAGAAUUUCCACCAAAACCCAUCCAUGUGUCUUCAAAGUCAUUCAAGAGAAGGAGGCAGGGUGCUAGUUUUCCCCUCAUCAAGCUGGUGCCGGGGCAGAGUCUCAGAGUGCUUCACCGUGCUUCUCAGGGAGCUGUGACUGAGGGCCCGCCCUCUCAGGCUCUGGGAGUUGGCCGACAAUAUCUAUAUCACAGCCACAAAACAUCAAAAAAUGAAUGAGUGAAUGAAGAAAUCUGAAGGGAAAAGAUGACCGGCAGGAAACGGUAGCUGAUUAAAGGGUAAGGUAAAAGAUUAUAAUCUUUUACCGUACCCCUGUUUUGUGAUGACUGGUGUGUCACAGCUAGACAUGAGUUGUACGUGACUUUAUUAAAGGUGUGCGUACAUUUGAA